AUUUGAAGUCUUUUCAGUUUCGAAUGUCAUGGCCGCAGCUAAAUUCACCCUGCCUAUGGGAGCAUGCCAGCAUAGUUCUGGAGAUCGGGUUCCUCGGAAUCUUAUUACUCCUCUUUGUACGGAAAAGCAUGGAAUCAUUAUGCAGACGCAGAACAAAAGUGAUGAGUGCAGAAAAAUACUCCAUUGGUGCAAAAUCCGGCCUCUCUUACAAAAUCAGCAUUGGCUGUGCCAUUCUAUUGCUGGGAACCCAUUUGAUGAUGCUGAUGAUGCCGCAAAGUAGAAAUGUGGCGCACUGCAAGUCGACAAUCCCAAUUCUUUCAUCAGAGAUCAUGAAAGUGCUAUCAUGGGCAAUUACAUUGAUUGCACUGUACAAGAUUCAAAAGAAUAAAGACAUCAGGUUCCCUUGGAUUCUACGAACCUGGUGGUUUUGCAGCUUCUUGCUGUCUAUUGCUUGCACAAUUAUUGAUGCCCAUCUCAUAGUAACAACCCAUGCCCACAUUGGAGCACAUGACUGUUUUGAUUUCCUUGAUCUUCUUGCAUCCACCUGUCUUCUGGGUGUUUCAAUUCGAGGAAAGACAGGCAUAGUCCUCAACUACCCAAAUGGCAUAACGGACCCACUUCUCAGUGGCAAAGACACAAAGCAUUCGGAAGGCAAGAAGGACUGUCCAUAUGGAAAAGCUACUCUUUUCCAACUCAUCACCUUCUCUUGGCUCAAUGCAUUAUUUGAGGUUGGGAUUAAGAAACCUCUUGACCAGGAUGAAGUCCCAAAUGUUGACAUCAAGGACUCUGCUGGAUUUUUAUCACAUUCCUUUGAUGAAAGCCUUAAACUUGUCAAGGAGAGAGAUGGAACCACAAAUCCAUCCAUCUAUAAAGCAAUAUUCUUGUUUGCCAGGCAAAAAGCAGCAAUCAAUGCAUUCUUUGCAGUGAUAAGUGCCAGUGCAUCAUAUGUUGGCCCAUACCUCAUUGACGACUUCAUAAAUUUCUUAAGUAACAAGAACACUCAGACCUUAGGAAGUGGCUACCUUCUCGCACUAGGCUUUCUUGGUGCAAAAAUUGUUGAGACAAUAACACAAAGGCAGUGGAUUUUUGGGGCUCGCCAGCUAGGCCUUCGGCUGAGAGCUUCUCUGAUAUCUCACAUUUACAAAAAAGGCCUCGUACUGUCGAGCCAAUCCCGCCAAAGCCACACCAGUGGAGAGAUCAUCAACUAUAUGAGCGUGGACAUUCAAAGAAUCACAGACUUCAUGUGGUACGUGAACACAAUUUGGAUGUUACCUGUACAAAUUUCCUUAGCAGUCUAUAUCCUACAUAUGAAUCUGGGAUUAGGAUCACUUGUGGCAUUGGCAGCAACUAUGACAGUGAUGGCUGGCAACAUACCAUUGACUAGAGUACAGAAGAGAUAUCAGUCUAAAAUCAUGGAUGCCAAAGAUGACAGGAUGAAAGCUACUUCAGAAGUGCUUCGAAACAUGAAGACCCUCAAGCUUCAAGCAUGGGACAGUCAUUAUCUUCACAAGCUAGAAAGCCUAAGGAAAACAGAGUAUAAUUGGCUAUGGAAGUCAUUACGAUUGUCAGCAGUAUCAAGUUUUAUUUUCUGGGGUUCUCCAGCGUUUAUAUCUGUGGUCACUUUUGGGGGGUGUGCUUUAAUGGGGAUUCCACUCACGGCAGGGCGAGUCUUAUCUGCACUGGCUACAUUCCGAAUGUUACAAGAUCCUAUAUUCAAUUUGCCUGAUUUACUCUCUGUCGUUGCACAGGGCAAAGUAUCUGCAGAUAGAGUUGCUUCUUACCUACAAGAACAUGAAAUUCCGUCAGAUGCAACUGAAUCUGUUCCUAAAGAUCAAACAGAAUUUGACAUUCAGAUUGAUAGUGGAAAUUUUAGCUGGGAUACUGAAUCAAGACGCCCAACUCUUGACGGGAUACAGUUAAAAGUGAAGAGGGGAAUGAAGGUGGCCAUCUGUGGCACAGUAGGGUCCGGAAAGUCAAGUUUGAUCUCAUGCAUGCUGGGAGAAAUGCCCAAACUCUCAGGAAGAGUGAAGAUCAGUGGUAGAAAGGCCUAUGUUCCUCAGUCCGCAUGGAUACUGACAGGAAAUGUCAGAGAAAAUAUUCUCUUUGGCAAGCCUUACGAUAGUGUUAAGUAUGACAAAACUGUUGAAGCAUGUGCUCUGACAAAAGAUUUUGAGCUUUUCUCUGCUGGUGAUCUAACAGAGAUUGGAGAAAGAGGGAUAAAUAUGAGUGGAGGCCAGAAGCAAAGGAUACAAAUUGCUCGUGCAGUCUACCAGGAUGCCGAUAUAUAUCUGCUCGAUGACCCUUUUAGUGCUGUGGACGCCCAUACAGGCAGACAACUUUUUGAGGACUGCUUGAUGGGCAUUCUUAAGGACAAGACUAUCCUUUAUGUGACUCACCAAGUUGAGUUCCUCCCAGCAGCAGAUUUAAUUCUGGUGAUGCAAAAUGGAAGAAUUGCACAAGCUGGUACAUUUGAAGAACUUAUGAAACAAAAUAUUGGAUUUGAGGUUCUAGUUGGAGCUCAUAACCAAGCUCUGGAAUCAAUACUGACAGCGGAAAGCUCAAGCAGAACAACAGAACAUGCAACAACUGAUGGUGAAUCCAAUACAGAGCCCGGGCCAGAUGCAGAAUUUCCACCCACUAAGCAAGACUCGAGGCACAACCUCUGCGUUGAGAUAACAGAAAAGGAAGGGAGAUUGGUGCAGGAUGAAGAGAGAGAGAAAGGAAGCAUUGGAAAAGAAGUUUACUGGUCUUACCUUACCACUGUGAAAGGUGGUGCCUUAGUUCCAAUCAUAAUUCUGGCCCAGUCAUCAUUCCAAAUAUUGCAGAUAGCGAGCAACUACUGGAUGGCAUGGGCUUGUCCAACAGGCAAUACUGAGCCAACAAUUGCGAUGAAUUUCAUAUUGCUUGUUUACAUGCUUCUUGCCGUUGGAAGUUCUAUUUGUGUGCUGGUUCGAGCCACAUUAGUGGCUAUAACGGGCCUCCAAACAGCACAAAAGCUCUUCAGCAACAUGCUGAACAGUUUCCUCCGCGCUCCCAUGGCAUUCUUUGAUUCAACCCCAACUGGAAGAAUCUUAAAUCGGGCAUCUACAGACCAAAGCGUACUCGACUUGGAGAUGGCAAACAAAUUAGGUUGGUGUGCUUUCUCAAUAAUUCAGCUUCUGGGGACCAUUGCCGUCAUGUCCCAGGUAGCAUGGGAAGUAUUCAUCAUCUUCAUUCCUGUAACGGCCAUCUGCAUAUGGUACCAACAAUAUUACAUACCAACAGCAAGAGAACUAGCCCGCUUAUCAGGGAUACAAAGAGCUCCGAUCCUCCAUCACUUUGCAGAAUCACUUACAGGAGCUGCUACAAUUCGUGCUUUUGACCAAAAGGACCGCUUCAUUGACGCAAACCUCCUGCUCAUUGACAGUCACUCUAGGCCAUGGUUUCAUAAUGUGUCAGCAAUGGAAUGGCUUUCUUUCAGACUGAACCAGUUAGCAAAUUUUGUUUUCGCCUUCUCCCUCGUUGUCCUUGUGACCCUCCCUGAAGGAAUUAUUAAUCCAAGCCUUGCAGGGUUGGCAGUAACAUAUGGAAUUAAUUUGAAUGUGUUGCAAGCUUCAGUUAUAUGGAACAUAUGCAACACAGAAAAUAAAAUGAUAUCAGUUGAGAGAAUUCUACAGUAUUCAAAUAUUUCGAGUGAAGCACCUCUGGUGAUUGAAGAUUGCAGACCACCGAACAACUGGCCAGAUAAUGGAACAAUUUGCUUCACAAACUUAAAGAUUCGUUAUGCCGAACAUCUACCAUCUGUCUUGAAAAACAUUUCCUGCACCUUUCCAGGUCGGAAGAAAGUUGGUGUAGUCGGAAGGACAGGGAGCGGUAAAUCAACCCUCAUCCAGGCCAUCUUUCGGGUUGUGGAACCUAGAGAAGGAAGCAUCAUAAUUGACGAUGUAAAUAUUUCCAAGAUAGGCAUUCAUGAUUUGAGAUCCAGGCUAAGCAUUAUUCCACAGGACCCAACAAUGUUUGAGGGAACAGUUCGAGGGAACCUCGACCCACUAGAGCAACAUUCUGAUGCUGAAAUAUGGGAGGCUCUGGACAAAUGUCAACUAGGUGAACUAGUGCGUACAAAGGAAGAAAAGCUGGAAUCUACAGUGGUAGAAAGUGGAGAAAACUGGAGCGUUGGUCAACGGCAGUUAUUCUGUCUGGGAAGGGCCUUGCUAAAGAAAAGCAGCAUUCUUGUGCUAGAUGAAGCAACAGCAUCAGUUGAUUCUGCAACUGAUGGAGUGAUACAGAAGGUCAUUAGUCAGGAGUUUAAAGACCGAACUGUUGUCACAAUUGCACACAGGAUCCAUACGGUUAUAGAUAGUGAUCUUGUCUUGGUCCUUAGUGAUGGAAGGAUAGCAGAGUAUGAUACACCAGCAAAGCUACUGGAGAGAGAGGAUUCUUUCUUCUCAAAACUGAUAAAGGAGUACUCCAUGAGGUCACAAAAUUUCAACAGCUUAGCGAAGUUACAACAUUGAAUCCGGAUCUCCAGAAUAGAGAAGUCAUAAGUGAAUGGUUCAAAGAGAGACCAAUAGUCAAGGGUAGUAAAGUGCCUACUUAAGCCAAAAAAAAUUGGAUCAUCUCUCAGCCAUGACACAGAUGAAAGAUCCACUGCCUUAAAAUGUAAGGAAUUUCUUGGUAGCAGUAACGUUUGGUAUUGGACACUUCAAGCAGGAAAUCAUUUGUCAUUAUGAUUCAAAGGGUAUCAUUUCGUGACAAAAUCAAAAUAAAGAAAGACAGUCUUUCCAAAGCUCUCGUAGAAUUGUAUGAGGUCUAGGAAAAU